AUGACAAUUGAAAUUAGAAAAGAUUUGAAAAUACCAGGAGUGGACAGUAAUGAUGGGUUUGGAAAGUGGAUUGCAAGUCAGCACAUAAAGGGGGAUGUCGUCAUUGACAAGAGCUAUGGUGUUGGUUUGUUCUAUAAAGCUAAACCUGCCGACAUAGCCGAGGAUCCAAUUAUCCUUCGUGUUCCUUCCCUGUCGGCUCUCAACAUGGACACAUUGUUGGACCUACUCAGUAAAUUAAAAUCAAGGGAUAAAGAGCUAGACGCUGGUUUGAAGGAGUCCGAAUUGAUCGUCAAGUUUCUUGAAAUACUAAACCCUGGAACAGAGACAAUAAUUUUGUUGGCAUACUUGUUGGGAUUUGAGUUUUUAAGACAGAAGGGAGAUAAAGCGUCUAAUUAUUACUUGAAAUCACCAUUGAGGAGUUGGGAUGUAUAUUUGGACAUCUUGUUGCUGACGAAAGUGUUUUCCUUUGAUGUGAAUGACGACAACCCACAUUCCAAUAGUUUUGCUGAAUUGCGUGAGAUUGUGUUGGCUGAGUAUGAUGAUUUCAUUGCACAGGCAGAAGAAAGGCUCCCUGAUGCCAACGUCGCUGAAGGCAUAUCAUUUGGUAAGUUUUUUCAAUUAUUUCAAGCAGUGAGGUCGAGAUCGUUAGAGAUCCCGAAGGAAGUCGAGGGAGGAAAUCCUGAUUCAGAGUAUCAAACAAAUAUCACCCUAGUCCCCGUGUUGGAUUUUGCAAAUCAUAAUCGUGAAAACAAUGCCUACUUUGAUGUCGAUAGAGAAAAUAAUGAUAUUGUCUUGAAACUUAAGAAAGCGGCAGUCCAAGAAAAAUUGUUUGAGGUCACCAUUAGUUACAAUCCAGUCGACACAAAGCCUGAAUUUUAUCUCACAUAUGGGUUCCAAUCUGAAACUUAA